AUGCCAACGAACUCCCAAUCAGCCUCCGCCCUAAGCCUUGUAAAUCGCGCAUCUGCACUUGUAGCAAAGUCCGCCACCUCAUCCAUCUCCCGUGCAUCCAACAAUAUCAACAUAUUCAAAAUUGUCGCGCUCUCCAAUCUCCGCUUCCAGUAUGCUGCCUUACGUGUGGACGACCUCAUUAUCGCGAGGUUCCUCGAAUACUCUGAUCAUUGCGUGGCGGGCGAGGCGGCACACGUCCACCUCGGGUGGCCCAUAUUUAUCGGCAAGAGCCGCGAAGGUGAUAGCACCACCGCUAGUUGGUACAAGCUGAGCGAUGUGGGGCUAUUGGAUGAAAUUCAACGACGCUAG